UUCAUGCUGGACCAAUCAAUUUAUACGGACGCGAGCGACGCGCGUGUUUUAUCAAAACAAGAACAUAAAUAGUCAGCAGUCUCUUUGAAGCAUUAUCAGUGAUGUGAACCAAACAACAAGAUGUCGACAGACGAGUCUGACAGCAUAACUAGUUCGCAAAUCAGGCGUUUUGGUUUGUACAGAACCAUCGAUGCCAGAACUGAAGAGUUUCAAAGGCUGUCGAAGAAGAAGCAAAUGAGACAGGGUUGCACUUGCGCAGCUAUUUCCACGACGAUCACCGUUACCGUUGUAGUUAUAGUUCUUGUAAUCUACGAGUAUAUGAUUGCAGUAGAAACAAGUUUUGUACAAGAAAAGAGAUUUUUUAAUAAAACAAAAUACAUCCAUAAGGAUUUACCAAUAAUAGCUGAUAGGCUUGACAGAAAUUUUUUUGGAUUUGAUCAAGAUUAUUAUGAGAGAAUGCCGCUUCUCAUCAAUGCUUUACAAGAUAAAAGCACUACAGAUUCAGAAACGCGUAUUCGUUCUCAAAGAAAAAAACAAAUUUCUAAAAAUUAUACCAUUAAGCCACGGACAUCUACUGUUUUGAAUAGGUUCAUAAGAAGAACUAGCCCUAGACCAUUUAUUUUCGAGUACAAGAGUCCAUAUCCAAUGCCUUUUACAAAGGUGAACAGUAGCCCAAGUAAUUGGAUGGAACAAUAUCGCAAUGCUCAAAGACUAAAAAACCUUCAUGAUGUAAUCAAAUACCUAGAAAAAACUUUAAAUGCAAAGUUUGGAGAUAUUUAUCUACCAACUAGAGCCCAAAUUGCUUUUUCAGGAAUGUAUGUGGGCCCCGUUGAAACGAAGGAUACUAACUCUAAUAUAAAAACAGUUAUACAUAGUUCUCCACAGUCUAAUCAUUACUCGGAUCCUUUGUACAUUUAUAGACCGAACAAUCCAGGUGAAGUAAAUUUAUUAGCGGAUGGGUUAAGAUUCGCACCAACAUUUGUUCCAAGACUUAAUAAGCAAAAUACGGAAAUGAAGCAUCCUGUUACAUCGAAACAAAGUUGUGUGGGGUUAAAAUGUUUAGUCUUUAAUAAGAAUAUCCUUAAGAGCGAUGACCUUUCAAGUGCUGAAGGGGCUAUAAGUACUAUUUCACCGCAAUUAAACAAUAAUAAACUCAAAUCACUGAUGCUUAAUUUGUUUCCGAUCAAUAAGUCUAAUUCUCAAUAUAAAAAUGAAUUAGAUCAUAUUUUUAUAACUACAUCAAAACCUAUUUUUCAAUUUAAAAGAAAAUAUACAGGCCCCGUAAGGCGGUUCUCUUACAGAAAUAACAAAGGACCUACGUUCUUUAAAGAUGGAAAUAAGAGCAAUUUCCUUUCUCAAAUAAAUAAUGUGAAAAAUACAACUACUCAAUACUUUAAUCAUCACACGAACAUACAAAAUAUUAACAAUGAAAUAAAAAUAAGUGAACCUAAAAAAAAUUACUUUGAUUUUUCUACUAUCAAUUCGGACGUCAAAGCAACAUUUGGAAACAGCCACGUUAUCAAUUAUCCAAAAGUAAAUUAUUCAGAUAUUGAAGAUUAUCAUAUGGGAAGCUCAGGUAUAAUUCCUGUUGAUCAUAGACGACCACCAAUAAAUCCUGUCACGUCCAUAAUACCUCUAUCUGAACUUUUCAUGUCGACUACGGAAACAAUGACUACAAAUCCUCCUGAUAUUAUUAAAUUUAGUCCUGAGGACGCUAAAGUUCCCGAUCACUAUAUGAAUGUAAGAAAGUCUAACACAGAUAAGGUCACAGAAAGUGAGAUUAAUAAAUUGAACUAUUCUGAAAGCACUGAAGUAAAUUACGAUGAGUAUGAACCUAAUACGCUUAUAGUAAAACUAAAAAAUACGAUUGGAGCUACCUCAGAAGAAAAUGCAAAUGAAGAAACUUCUACUACUGAAGGUUUUGAAAUGAAACAAGAAGAAAAUAUCUAUACAACAGUAGGAACCUAUGUUCCACAAAUAAAUGGACAUUACAGAAACGUGAAACACAAAAGUUUGAUAAGUUUAUUGCAAGAGAGCUCUGAAAAAUAUAGAAAAAAGAGAAUCGAGAGUUUAUUAACGACACGAAAUCCGACAUAUGUUCCUAUGUAUUUUGAAAUAAAACGAAAUAGAAAUAAUACGGCUAGUAACCAAUAUUAAAAAAUAAAUCAAAAUUAGGUGCAUAAGUAUUUUCGACGGCCCACCGAUUAUGAUUUUGUCUUAACAUACAUAUGUA